AUGACCAUGGCAACAGCGGUUCGCAGCAAUUUACGUGCAUGGUCGCCCCAGUGUAAUUCCAGGCCUCGCUGGGCUCUUGAACAAUUCGCGGGCGUUUCGGUCGAUCCUUGGGAUCUCUCACAGAGGCAGCUGCUGCCUUAA